AUGGUGCAAGUAACACAAACCGAGGAAGAUAUCAAAAUAAUCAUCGAAUUAAAUCGCCUGAUUACGCGCAAACCGGAUGUUGUACUCCUACCGCAAUAUAUAAAAUUCAAUAAUCCGCCAAUAUUCUUCGAACGCCAUCUCGUCCACGAGAUCGACGAGUUGUCCAGUUUUUGCCGCAUUUUCAAGAAUGAAGCGCGUAUUGUGCUCGUCAAGAAGCAUAAGGGCAUCUGGCCGGAAGUAUUUCAGAAGCUUUCAAAGGACGAAUUAAAGCAAAAGCGUUUAGAGAUUGCCGAGCUAAUAGUGGAGCGUAAUAAAGAGCGUGAUAAGGUGGCAGUUGAGCGGUUUGAGCAAAAACGACGUUGCGAAAUCGACAAGGAGGUGAAACGUGAAACGGCGAUGAGAGAGCGGGUCAAACAAUUUCAGGAGAAUGCGCGUCGCGAAGCGCUGAUGGUAGGUGUUCGCAAGGAGACACACGCGAAGCCACCGGCAACACCUCAAAUUUCAACGCCAACGGCGACAAUAAACCACACGAAUGUGACAGGGCAACGUAUUGGCACACCGGUGGUACGGCCUUGGGCCGGCAUGAGGAGUGGAGGUAAAAUAAAUGUGAGCUUUUCGAAAUUCACUUGGAGUACACCGAAGCGAGAGUCACUGGAGGGUGUGCAGCGACAAUUUGGCGUACAAAACGAGAAUGAAAAUAAUAAUGGCAACAACAACCGAUGUGUGUCGAUGGAAAGUCAGGCGCCGAGCGAUUUAAAUGAUUUGAAUGCAACAGAUUAA